CAGCGAUAUAAGAAAAAGAAAUCAAAAGUGUAAACAGCUACUGUAUUUGUAAAACUUGGUGUCAUUGGCGUAAGUCUAAUAGACGAGAUAAUAAGCCUGUUUGUUGCGUAUCACUGGUGUUUCACAUUAGCAGCCUUUUACAAGGCACUUAGUCUUGAGUAGUCACUGAGGCUGGAACAGUCAAACCACUGAGAGGAUGUGAUUUCGUCUUCAUUUUGCUGAGCUGCAUGAUGCUGACUGGCUGUGUUGCAAUAACAAUGGUAUGUUUUGUACGGAAACAUUCAAUAGAAGAAGUGGUGUCAUUCUGCAUGAUUUCUUGUUGCUUGCAACUUUCCUUUCCUUGCAUGCUUUGUCCAGAUGUAUGAUUUUAUUAUGAAAUGACAGUUGGUGAUUUUACAAAGGUUGGUUCAGUUACCAUAUAACAAAAAAAAUGUGAAUGAAAGAAAUCAUUUUACUUUGAAUUUUACUGGUCGUUUCCAAGUUUACCUUUAAAUAUGAUCAGGGCAUUGCAGUAACAAAGAGGCUAUGCUUUUAGAGCCUGCAUUAUUGUCAAGAGACUCGGGUUGGUAAUCAGCAAAACAGGAUAUGCAGGAUUUUCAUUGCACAGUUGGAGGCGAAGAGUAGACAGAAACAGACAAGGUGCUGUGUAACAUAUUUUUGCAGCCUUUCUUUUACUGUUACCUCCUGUAUUUUGUGACUUUCCUUGGGUUAAGUGUAGAUUUGAUGAAUGAAAAGCAAUGAGAGCGUAGGAGUAGCUGAGGGACAGAGGGAGGAGUCUGAAGGGAAGAGCACAAACCAAAGGGAGGGGCACUGUUUUUGUCUCCAGCAACCCCUAGCAAAUGCCUAUUGCUUGAUGGUCCACAUUUUCAUUCUGCUCUCUUUUUCUUCUGGUUUAUUACUUGUGGAGCGCGUCUAAAUCCCCCACUGGUACCAUGGAUAAAUUCCAGACGGUCCUUCGUUUCUUCAUGAACCAGAAAGCCACAAUUGGCUACAGUUUUAUGGCUCUCCUGACAAUAGGCGGGGAGCGAGUCUUCUCCAUGGUCUCCUUUCAGUGUCCCUGCAACCACGAUCAGAACUUUGCCUAUGGACUCACAUUCCUGCUUGGACCUGCGGCUGUGCUUUUGGUUUUAGGACUGUUCUUCAGUGCUAGAUUGUGGAGGCUUUACACUGGCUGCUGCCUCAAUCCCAUGAAGCUUUGUCCCCGCGGUAGAUGCUUUGGAUGCUUCAGGGUGUUCAUGAGCAUCUUUACAGGGGCUUGUGUGGCUCCUAUAAUGUGGCUCUCUGUGGCCCUGCUCAAUGGGACUUUUUAUGAGUGUGCUGUCAGCGGUCUCGACGACAAUCUGGUGGUGGACCUGUUCUGUAAAAACAAGACCCUGAAGUGUCGGGAGGAGCUAGCCAGAGUUCCCUGUGGCCGGUCCAAGUUAUCUGAAGAGGAGCGCAUGGAUCUGCUGCUAAUGUUCAGGGCCCAAUCUCAGAUUCUUGGCUGGUGCAUUAUCAUCAUCGCAGCCACAUUUGGGCUUCUUGGUACCUGCUACAAAAAUUGCCGUUCCAAAGUUAGCUUCCUGCAAUCCACAUUCUGGAAACGCUAUGUGGAGAAAGAACGGGAGCACUUUGAGGCUUACACUCUGGAAUAUGCCUCCAAACUGGCUGAAAGAAACCUACAAAGUUUUUUUGAGAACAAGGAUCCUGAUCCAUUCCCUUUCCCAAGCCAUAAGGCCUGGGAGGAGAUCUCUGCACUCUACACUUUCUCAACGAGCGAACAAUAUUACAGCACCCUACAAUGUUAUGUGGAGAGAGUGGACAGGGACUUUGUGCCAGAGAAGAGACCUGUGAUGGACUUCGAGGAUGAAAUUGAAAUGAAAUAAAGUUUUUGUGUGUGUGUGUAUGAAUAAAACAACAGACUGUGGGGACUGUUACAGAAUAAUUAAAGGCCACAACGAUUUUUUUUACCUUUAAGGCCUUCUAUCAUAUAAUUCUACAGAAUCCAUCCUUUGAUAAAUAACAUACUAGAGAACUUAAUAAGUUGCAGAUAAUAUGUACUUGCUCUUUGGAGUUGGUAUUUUAAUUGCAUAUUAUUAAUCAUUCCAUUGUCAUUAACAUACUACUUUGUAUCUAAAGAAGUUCAACAUG